AUGACACCCCGUGAUGCACUCCAAAGAAAGCACGGUUGGUCCCCGGAUGAUAAGCUCUGGGAGAUAAUCGAGCCGAUCUAUCCUCGCCCGCCGAGCAAGGGAACCACCACAGAUUGGCAAGUCUGCACGUACUUCCAGUAUUUUCGCUGGGUGUUCCGGAGAGGGUUUCUAUUCAUCGGAGAACAGGACCGUGCCGGACUACCGGCGCCGGUCUGGUACAAGUGCACAACCAACGAAAGUGGCAAAGUGGUCGGCUCUUGCUAUAACCUUGCUGACGAGGGCGCACCCAGAAGCAAUCACAAUGUGGGUGAAGUCACCCGCUGGUGGGGGCCCCUGGAGCGACUUUUGCAAGCCCCGAAGCUCCUCGAUACCGAUGAACUCGACCGCUACCUCAAGGAGUUGUGGCAUCUGGUACGGGCCUUUCCUUGCAUGCAGGGUGAUUUCAUCAACAGCAUUGAGGUGAUGAUGAUUCCCGCGGGACCCUGGAAACUUCCGAUGUCUGCGAUUGAACGUACACUUGGCAUAGAGCUACCAGAGUCACUCAAGACCCACGACGAUGACGGCACAAUCCUUUACGCCGAGGACAUGCUCCCGGAAGAGGCAACCAAAUGCGGGCUCUCUUUGAAGCCAAACCCCAACAGAUACAUUACCGACGAUGAUUCAUCUAUUGACGCCCGCAACUCCGACAGAGCAGACGUGUUGGUAUAUGGGUCUUCACCAAGGUCGGCAACCAAGACUAUCAUCUCUCUUCCUCGCGCGGCCGAUGAACAUACAGAAGUCACCGGACUGGCUGAAAGACCUCAAUUCUCGGAAUCUGAAGCGCAACAGGAGACUCACAGCAUCAUGGAUACGAAUGGAAGAACACUAGCCCGUCUUACUCGUAGCCAGUUCAAGCAACUGGAAAUGGUGUUGUUGGCCCCUCCUGGUGUAUUCGACGGUGCGAUGUCUGUAAUCCACGCCAGAUACCCCGAACUCAAGCCCCGUUCGGCGUAA